AGGAGGAGUGGGGUCACGCCCCAGAGGAGGGGUGGGGUCACGCCCCAGAGGAGGAGGAGUGGGGUCACGCCCCAGAGGAGGAGGAGUGGGGUCACGCCCCAGAGGAGAGCUCAAGCUGUGCGGCCUCGCAGGAGGAGAAAGAUCCACCCCUCUGGAUUCCGAGGCAGAGGCCAGUUGAAACUAUCCGUCACUCCUGAGAAUGGACUCCUCAUCAUCCACAUCAUGGAGGCCAGGGGACUUAUGGGAAAAGAGUACAGAACGUGUGACGCUUACGUCAAGGUGGCUAUCAUCCCAGACAGUGAGAACAAGAAUCGGCAGAAAACGAAGACCGUUCCAGACUGCAGGAGUCCAGUCUUCCAUGAAACCUUUGUGUUUGCUGUUGCUACUGAGGACCAUCAGAAGAGGGUGCUGGUCACUGUGUGGAACCGCAACCGUGUGUCAAGGCAGAGCGAGUUCCUGGGCUGCAUGAGUUUUGGGGUGCGCUCUCUCAUCACCGCGGCGAAGGAAGUAACCGGCUGGUAUUACCUCCUGGGGGAAGACCUUGGCCGGACCAAGCACCUGAAAGUGGCCUCACGGCGCCUGAAACCUGCCUCCGAAGCCGUGCUGUCGAGCCAUGGUGCCGCGCUGGAGACCUCCAGCCCUGAGAACAUGCAGUGUUUAACGGUUACCAUCCUCAGGGGAAAGGAUGGCUAUGGCUUCACCAUUUGCUCUGACUGCCCCGUGAGGGUCCAGGCUGUCGACCCAGGUGGGCCCGCAGACCGGGCGGGGCUGCAGCAGUUGGAUACGGUCCUGCAGCUGAACGGUCAGCCCGUAGAGCAGUGGAAAUGUGUCGACCUCGCUCACGCCAUCAGAAACUGCGUGAGUGAGAUCACGGUGGUGGUGUGGCGCACGGUGCCGGUGGUAAAGCCGGGUUUCGAAGGCCUGAUUCACCGGCCGACAUACAAGCCCUCCGGCCACACCCUGCCGUCGCCCCCCUGUAAGAAGAGGGAGAAGACCCCGCCAGGUCCCAGACAGAGCCGGCGGCUGCUGGUGAACGGCACGGAUGGGGGCGGAGGAGGAGGAGGAGGAGGAGGAGGAGGCGGCGGAGGCGAUGGGGUGAGGGGUCCGCUUGGGAGCGAUCCGAGGGACGAGAGCAACUGCAAGGCCAGGACGCAGACGCUCCGGGGCACACGUGUGACAUCAUCAUCAGGGGACAACUACAUAAUCCUCGCCCCUAUCAACCCUGGCAGUCAGAUACUGCGGCCUGUUUACCAGGACAACCACGGAACUUUGGGGAGGCUCUACCACCCCCGUCCGCUCAGCGAGAUCCACCAGGACCCCAGCGCCCCUCAGAAAGGAGCCGGCACCCAGGGCCGGGCCGGCUUCCUGCGCCGCUCCGCCACCACCAAGCCCUCCAAAGAGACGCCCCCUGCUGGCUACCAGCAGAACUUCGCCAACUACCAGAACUGCACCGUGGUCCACUCCCAUCUCCCGCACUCAACCUACGGCACCUACGUGCAGCUGGCGCCCAAAAUCCUCAUAUUCCCUAUUUAUGUUCAGCCCCUGGACCUGUGCAGCCCGUCACGAACGCUGGUGCUGUCAGAAGAGAUGAUUCUACAUGAGAGCAAACAUCUGUCUGUCAAGGUGACGGUCUUCAUCUACACCGACCUGCUGCUGCUGACCCGCGAGGACGAGCCGGGCCGCUGCAACGUUCUGCAGAACCCGCUCUACCUGCACAAGCUCCGUCUGCAGGACGAUCCCACCGAAGAACUGAGGUUCAACAUCAUCCACAUGACCGAGCCCACUGACUGCGUCCUCAGUUUGGAGACUUAUUCCCUGGAUCAGAGGAGUCGAGUGUGCCAGUGUUUGAGCGACAACAUGGAGAAGAGGCAGCAGGAGCAAGACUCACCAGCCGCCUCUGAGCAGAUGCUGGAACCCAAGGCUCAGGGGCCGAGGGAGGCGGGGCCGCAGGUCUCGGGAUGCCCCGGGGCGGGGCAGGAGGAGGACGACCCCUUCCCCAGCAGCCCUUCUGAAGCCCCGGCCGCGGCCACCCCUGACCCACCGCCCCUGGACGAGGAGGCGCGGCCCCCAGCGACGGACAUCGAGAGGGCCCCUCCCCCGCUGGCGCCGUCCGACGAGGGUGAGGACCGCGGCAAGACCGCGGGCGGAGAGAGAGAGGAGGAGGAGGAGGAGGGGCGCUCCAACAUGGCCGCCCUGCCGUCCUCGUCCUCCUCCUUCGUCAUCCCCGAGCUGCGCCUGGACCGCUCCUUCAGCACGGAGGACGGCCUCUCCUCGCAGGCCACCGACGAGGAGGUGGAGGUGGAGGAGGAAGAGGAGGAGGAGGAGGAAGAGGAGGAGGACAGCGACGAGCAGUGCCUGGAGGGCGGCGGCGGGCGGGCGGAGGCCACGCCCUGCGAGAGGCACGGGGGCGGCCUGAGUGUGCAGAACUCCCUGCGCCGGAGAACGCACAGCGAGGGCAGCCUGCUCCAGGAGCCCCGGCCUGCCUGCUUCACCUCCGACAACGCCAUCAACUGCCUGGACCCCGACACGCCCCACACGGGCGGCUGGACGCUGCCCUCCCCCAAGACCCUCAAGAAGGAGCUCACCAAGAACGGGGGCUCCAUGCACCAGAUCUGCAUGCUGUUCUCCGGGAGGAAGCUGAGCGGUGGGUCAGAGUGCAGCUGUGAGGUGGGGCCCGAUGGCUCUAAGAAGAGAAACCCAAAGAGCCUGGCCAAAGACAUGAAGAACCGGCUGCCUUUCCUUCGGAGGAAGAACGAGGCUCCCGCGGGCGUCCCGGCUGGCAAGCUGGAUAAAGCCAUGAAGUCCGUCAAGCCCAGCCCGGAGGAGGCGCUGAAGUGGGGGGAGUCCCUGGACAAGCUGCUCGUCCACAAAUAUGGCCUGGCCGCCUUCAGGGCGUUCCUGCGCACAGAGUUCAGCGAAGAGAACCUGGAGUUUUGGCUGGCGUGCGAGGACUUCAAAAAGAUCAAGUCGCAGUCCAAGAUGGCCUCCAAGGCCAAGAAAAUCUUCUCGGAAUACAUCGCCAUCCAGUCCUGCAAGGAGGUGAACCUGGACUCUCACACGCGGGAGCACACCAAGGAGAGCCUGCAGAACGUGUCGCGCUCCUGCUUUGACCUCGCCCAGCGGAGGAUAUACGGACUCAUGGAGAAAGACUCGUACCCGCGAUUCCUGCGCUCCGAGCUCUACAUGGACCUGGUCAACCAGAAGAAGCCACAGUCCACAGCCUCUUCAGCCUCAUAGAGAUGGAGAGAGACGGAGGGAGGGAGAGAAAGAGGGAGGGAGGACGGGUUAGAGCUGUGGACCGGGCCAGGGAGGCGACUCCGAGAAGCUUCCGGGCUGAAGCCACUGCACUGGGGGGGGGGGGGGGGGGGGGCCGUGGCUGAGUGUGGGGGCAGAGACGGAGUUUCGUUUAAACGGGUGUGGUCACCGCUGAAUUCAUCCAGACGCGCUGGAGAGGAUGUACGCGCAGGACCUCACACCCCCUUUCCCUCGCCACUCAGAAGGCUAAGGUACGACACUGUCGUGUCACUGUCCCGGUCACGGCUAAAAGCAGUUUCACUGAAACGGGCGAUGCCAAGAUUCCUCCCCAAGAUCUUUGGACGAAAGACCGCUUACACCCCCCCCCCCCCCCGCCGCUGUCGUUCACUCACACACCCCCCACCCCCACCCCUCCCGACACGCCGUGACCCCCUCCCCCACCCGCCCAUCGCGGUUCUCUGCUGCUUCUGAUGCAUUCUUCUGAGGAACGCAACAGGAACAAAGGGCGCUGAGGGACACAGAUGGAAAAGAUGAAAGGGGGGGAAAUUGCCAGACCCCUGCACGGAAGCUCACCCACCCUUCCUACCCCCUCUCACCACCCCCCCACCCCCCCCCGUGCCGGGGGAGGAGGAGCGACUGCAGAGAGACCUCUCGCCUCUCUCCAAAGACUGUAAAAUGCUCGACAUGUCCCGUGCAGCCGAUAGAAGAUUGAUGGUAGUUAGAGCUGGACCGGACGAGGCCGUGACCUCGGGACAUUCAAGCAUUCCACUAAGAAGCUUCCAAGCUCGAGUUAUCUGAAUUUAACUUUUAAAAAGAUUAUUUUCUUGCCUAUUGUUUUCUUUAUGAAUGCUGUUGCAAAAAAAAAAAAACAACCUGCACUCCGUAGACAUGCAGUGGUACACUGUUAGGUGUUACACCCUUACUUAGACACAGAAUGAACUGCUUCACCUGGACAAAGGGUCGCCUACUUAGAACCUUAUUGCUGGACGCUUCAGUCAUUAAACUCUGAUAGACCAUCAUCCUCUUCCUUGGCCAUGAAACAGGUCCACUGUUAAAAGCUGUCCUAAUUUAAAGUGCAAUAUUUUUAUGGUAAGAUUCUUUUUCUUUUCUUUUUUUUCGACUUUCAGCUAGACAAUGAAUUGAGCUCUGUAUUAUUUUAUUUGUAAUUAUUGUAUAAAUUAUGCUGGAAGGUGUCAUUUCCUGUUGAAAUGCAAUGCAAAAUGAACACGGACGUGAGCGGAAGAUGGCUGUAAUUUUAGGUUUUUGUUUAUUUUCCCCCAGCAGCAGGCCGCUGGAGGUUUCGAGGAUGUAAAUAUAAUUCUUAAGAAAACUUUUUAAAAAAGGACAAAAAGAAAAUGCAAAGUCUGUAAUUAUUGUGACACGGCUGUACCUAUGUAAAUAUGAGAAGCUCAAAGCUAUAAGAUGUACAACAUGUAUUGUUUUAAGAGUGGCGGGCAGGCGACAGCCUGUCUACUCUACAGUCAUACACUGCUUGUAAGGGGUUUUAUUCAAUGCAUUUUUCCAUUUUCACUGUUUACAAUUCAAGGCAUCUCCUAAGACAGCAAGCAAAACGAAAACUUUAAGAAACACUUGGUGUCAUUUCAAAAGAUGAAUAAAACAUCCAACUAGAUCAAAAAA